AUGACACGUUUACUUCAAUUCAGGGCUGGUCGCUGCGAAAGGCGUGGUUCAACCAAUAUCGUCGACCCGUUACCCACAAAAGGAGCCGUCCAGAGGAUGGUGACCUUCAUCACCCUGACUUCACAUAUCACCAACAAACAAGUGUGCUACAAAGAUCUCGAAUCAGGUGCAAUUGUUGACGACUUCAUCCUCUUUUCUGGCGACGCGACUUUCAAGAAAGUCUUGGUACCCAACUCUGCCACCGCUCGAGUUUAUGCACUUGGUUUCUCAUCCUCAAAUCAAAGAGUACUCUACUGGAUGCAGGACGUGGAUUCAAGCUCGGAUGUAUCCAACGUCAGGCGAUUGAAUGAGUUCAUAGACGGUCCAGCUGAUGAUGAUGAGGCUAUGCCGAUCGAUGUCUCGAACCAAUCUCCUCCAAUCACCUUACCUCCACAUAGUUCGAUUCAAGAGACGCAACAGCCAGCUAUCCCGAAUGUGACCGCUGAACAAAUGAAUCAAUUCAACGAUCUUUUGGCUGCAUUCAGCGCUACAGGCCAACAAUCUCGCCGACCGCCCUAUGCUCUCACAGAUAUCUUGACCCUUGAUGCUAUCGGUCCUUUACUUGAAUCGGAUCCAGAUCUUUUGAUGUCACAACUCGCUCCUCAUCUUCCACCUGAUAUUGAAGCUACAGCCGCCAAUGUUAAGCAGAUCGUCAAUUCCGCCGAUUUUAGGAACGGAGUUCGGACUUUGGAUGUAGCUUUACAAAAGAAUUUGGGUGAUGGAUUAAAGAUGUUCUUCCUCCAUGGUUUGGGAUUAGAAUCUGGCUAUGAGGGUGUGGAAGAGUAUAUAGAGGCUGUGAAAAGGAGGGCAGAAAGAGAUUGA